AUUUCAGUCCUACCAAUCUAAAUAAAAUCCGUAGUCAGGUGAUGAAUUUUGUGUGACAGUUCUUGAUUUCAAUAAUUUUACCAAAAAAAUAAUUGUUUUCUAUAAAAAUGGCUCUGCAAGGUGCUGUAAAGGGAAAACUAAUCGCCGUUAUUGGUGAUGAGGACACUUGUGUCGGAUUCCUCUUGGGAGGUAUUGGCGAAAUCAACAAGAACAGACACCCCAAUUUCAUGGUAGUUGACAAAAACACACCUGUCAGUGAAGUCGAGGACUGUUUCAAAAGAUUCACAAAGCGGGAUGAUAUUGAUAUCAUCCUCAUCAAUCAGAAUAUUGCGGAACUGAUCAGGCAUGUAAUAGAUGCGCACACGGCCCCAGUGCCAUCCAUACUGGAGAUUCCCUCCAAGGACCACCCCUAUGAUGCAAGCAAGGACUCCAUUUUACGUCGUGCAAAGGGCAUGUUCAACCCAGAAGAUUUGUCUAUGUUUGGAGCUGAAAACUACUCUACAUAAUUACUUGUAAGCUUAAAAUGUAUUGGUUCUAAAAUAAAAAUAUCUUGUAGUUA